GGAAGCGAGGCUAACGGAGAGGAAACAUGUCCGAACCAAGGCAAUUGCAAAUUCAGGUGGAAGGGCUCCAAAAUCUAAAGGAAACGCUAGAGGAGCAUAAAGGAAAGCAGAUAGUUGUGAUGUUUAUCGGAUCGAUGUUAGAGGAAGGCGAUCAUAUCGGGGAAAGUUGGUGCCCAGACUGCCGAGAUGGUAAGCACAGUUCAUGGAAUUGAAUGAUUGAUGGCUCGAUAAUCGAUAAUACGAGGAAGAGCCUUUUCAGUUUCAAAAGGUUUUGAAAUAUAGAUCGUUGGUUGGACAAGGCUUGUUGAUCUUAACCAUAUUUCUUCCUUACAUCAGUUGGCAGUAAUCACCAGGUUUCCCAGAGAAUUACAGUUAAAUUUCGAUUUGUUUUUUUUUCUCCCUCAAAGUGAGACUACACCCACGUCUCACAUUUUAACAUGAUCAGCUGUUUUUGUAUCAAGUAUUCAUGUGCCGAUGAAAAAGCCUUAAUUUCCUUUGCCAGAAUAAUUUCGAGAGCCUGCAUUAUUUUUGCAGUUGUCCUAUGAAACGAUUAACUGUUAUAAAGAAAAAAAAAUAUCCAGUAUUCGAAAUUACCACCCCUUAAAUUUGUAAAAUGCUGGUUGCAGGACUAAUAUAUUUAUUAAGCAAUAGAAAUUAAAACGGUUCUGUAAACAUGUGAAGCCUACCCAUGGGAGAUGUUGGGAGAACACGAGAUUAGCUUGUAAAUCACGAGCUUAAGGCGAGCAAUUUACAAGCUUUUUGAGUGUUCUCGUAACAUCACAAGUGGGUUAUCACGCUGGUAAACCCAUAGAAAGUGUGGUCUAUUGCUUUUAUAAAAUAACUUUAAGUUUUCCAUGAGUUUACCAGCACAAUAAACCAUAGGUUUUUAGCCGAUCAAAACGCGUGUGCGAUCUUAGUUAUUUUAUAAAUAAAUAUAGCAGGACUGAUAUAUAUAAAUGUAGCUUUUUUCCCAGGUCCGUUAAAGAAUGGAACGAACUUCCCGCAACAAUUAUUGAAGCUGCCAACACAGAGGCCUUCAAGCUUGCCUUGAUGGCCCAGGCCAGGCCCCAUUAAACAUUUGAACGUUUGUUAUUUUUAUAUCACCAGCACAAAUUCACUGCAUUGCAGCAGUGUUGGCUAGGGGCAAGAGUACUUUAACCAAAUUUGGUCAUAGGGUACUGGUGCUACUAAAACCUAGCCUGUGAAUGCAAAUAUACUUCCGGUCAUUGCUCUCUCUGCCCAAAAAGUAACGUACUCUACAUACAGGAGCAGCCAAACUAUUUCUGUGACAAAAACCUCAUUGUCAACUAUGAUUUGGACAUUAAGUAUGAGCAUAGGUCUUUCAUGUUUUGAGUGUGAAGUUGCAAAAAUGAUUGUGAUAUUACAGUAACUGUAUUUUUGCUCCUUAGCGGAACCAGUUGUAGAAGCCGCUUUGCAACAAGCAUCAACAGACAUGGUCUUUAUUUUAGUUGUUGUUGGGGACAAGCCAACGUAAGUUCAAACUUUCUUUUCAUCAUUAUUUUCAUAGCAUAGGUCGGCCAUUAUAGUGUGAUGUCAAAUGCAUGAUUUUUUUUAUUGCUUGUAAAUUUUAAGUCUUUGGAUGAAGUCCUAUUAAGUGUGACCAUUCAAAUGCAUUCUCUCAGCAUAAAUUUUACUGGGUACAGUGUACUACAUGUCUUUCUGUAUGUUACAAGAUGAAAGUGGAAAUUUUCGUUGAAUUUUGAGUUGGCCACCUCUACAGGGGCGUAGCUAGCGGGUGGCCCUAGGGUGCCCAUGACUCCCCCCCCCCCCUUUUGUGAGAUAAAAAUUUUGUUUUAUGUCCCUAUAAUUCAGGUGGCCAAAAUGCACAAAUCCAAAGAGUGAACUAGCCUGCGUAGCAAGCGUUUCCAAUCGAGUUAUUGUGCGAAAGUUAGAGCGGAAGCAAAAAAAAGGUUGAAUGGGGAGGGGGAGGAGAGAAGAGAAAACGAUUGCCCACAAACCCCACGAUUCUGGAAAAUGCCCCUUGAUAUUUCACGGUUCGGUUCAUUUGUAAAUUGACAGUUCGUCAAAAUAGAAGUAUAACAAACAGAUUACCCCCGAAUUACCAGAUUUGUGAAAUUACUUUGUUCUCUAAUAGAACACGUUGCAGGCUAUUGCAAGAACUGUAAUAAAAAAGAUUUACGAUAAAAGAAAGUUAAAACUAUGAGCGAUUGCUGCGGAAUUUCUUGUUUUUUAUUGUGUGGCUUUAUCUCGUCUGAAACCUUGUCAACAUGUCAAAAAUUAUUUGUCCAGAACAAUUCACUCCACCGGGUAUAAGUUUUGCAGAGUGGCUGCUCUUCAGCCUGUGUCGAAACGUUCUCUACAAUAGAUGCCGCUAAAUUUCCAAUAAACAAAAAGAAUCUUUUCAUUUCAAAAAGCUGACAAAUCGCUUGUCCAUGGUGGCUUUAGCUAGUGUCAAGUACCGAUGUUCUGAUUUAUGUUGAUGUUAUCUCCAACAAACAGUCGAUUUUUUUCCAGUCAGAUCCGCACGCUGUCAUUCUCAAUAAAUUGGUCUUCCCUAGUCUCCACUGCUCAAUCUCCAAUUAUACUUUGAAGACUCUGAUCUCAUAAACCUUAGCAUAAACACGAUUCAAAUAAAUAUCAGUCUAAAGCAUUAAUCUGCGACCACAAAUCAGAUGAGACGUACCAGAUCUGUGACGCACGAAAACAAAGCAUACCUGGUUUGAUUGAUGUUUCGAAUGCUAAGUAAUCAACACUACCUGCACCGUGCCCAUCAGAAGCUGCGUUCGUGGGCGAACGCAGUUUUUCAAAAUUGUGGGGUUUGCGGGCAAGCGGUUCCUUCUUUCCCCUACCCCUCCCCCAUCAUUCAUUUUUUUUUCAGUCUUGUCCCAGCUUUCUAGACGAACCUCACGAGGAAACGCUUGGUGUGCAGGCUAAGGAUCAACAUGCAAUAAAUCUUUUCCAGUGCUAGAUAGUUACUUAAUCCAUUUGCAGGACCUAACAUCUGCAGUGGACCAUGUUCUUGUUUGUAACUAAAAUAGAGUAAUUUAUUUAUGCUAUGUGGAACUUAAUAAUCUAUGCAGGUAUUUUGUAGGCUUGUCCCUCCCCCCAUGCUCACUGCUCAUCCCAAAAAAAGUCACUUUUAGUAUAACAUCGCGUAGAUGUCAACAUACCAAUCUGGAAAGUACCCUGGGUGUGGCAUAGUGUGACCCCCCCUCCCCCCCUUCUUUGAAAAAUCCUAGCCGGGCUUCUGCUCUGGUAGUGAAAGCUGCAAACAAUGUUUUAAAGACUGUCACCCUCAUUUAGGGUUUACCUUGCUGUAAGAACCUGUGAUCUGUUUUCUUGUUUCGCGCCUUUUAUUUUCCUAGGUUAUUGUAAUAAUUAUUGUGCCGCCGUCUUUGUUUCCUUUGUUUUAUAUCACUCAUGAGUUUCACAGGUCUUUACAACGAGGAUGAGCCCUUAAUGUAGCUGGGAUAAACAUGAUAGAGUCAAGCUAUUAACUUUUACGUCUAGAAACAUUUUUGUUGUCCAACAGGUGGAAAGAUCCCAAUAAUGAAUUCAGAACAAGUCCAGUGUUCAAACUGAAAGAAAUUCCCACAAUUGUGGAGUAUGGCACAGUAAGUUAAUUUGAAAGCCAUGAGUUCAAAAAAGAACAAAAUAAAUAUGCAAAAUUAAUUGAGAAUUGGUUUAUGCUUAGUGUGUGUAUACAAGUUAUGGAUGCAUGUGGGAGGUUUGGAGUUACUUGAGGUGUUAAGCUGAGCGAGAGCAACUCUAGCUUCUUGUCAGAGUGUGUUAGGAAAUUUUAAAGCUUCCUUGCCCAAAGCGUGGGUAAGGGUCCAAGCAAGUCAUCUUCUGAUUAAAUCAUUUAUACCACUACAUGAGAAAUUUCUGCAAAUUGAUUGGCUUAGAGCUGUGGUAUUUCAGCUUAAUUUGAAGUACCUACAUGAGAAAAUUACAAAACUAUUGCGGGUAGUAGUAUAAAGAAAUAAUAGCAUGAUUUGUACAUGAUAUUUGGCAUAAAUACCACUAGUGAUAUAAUUUCAAAUUUGUCUCAAAUUUCCCUCGCCUAAAGGCUCGUGCAAUUACGUAUAACAAUUUCGAAAUAUCACUCGUGGUACAUUGUUGUAUUUAUGCCAAAUCUCACGACAAAUCAUGCUAUUACCUAUACUAAUUUAGGCAAGCAAAAUGACAGAGCUGCUUGCCCAUAGGACAAAAUGAAAUUCAAGUUUCUUUCAAGCCCUUGUUUUGUGUUGUCUAAAGGAUUUCAACCAUUGCUUUCUUGGUGUUACUGAUCUCAGCACUGUCUUUGCUUCUUAUGACACCAACACUGCACAGACAAGACACAUCAUCAUUCGUUGUCUUUGUUGAUAUUAUGAUUAAUUUUAGUUCAAAUACAUGUACUGCUUGGGUAUACUAAUUCUGUUCUUGAUAUUUCUUUCUUCCAGGAUAAAAGACUUGGUUGUGACGAGUGCAAACAGCAAGAUCUAGUCAACAAUUUCUUUCCCAAAUGAAAUGGAAACUAAAAAUCACAAGCAAUUAUCCGGCCCAAGAGAAUCACGUAGUGAAUUGACUGAAGUGAUGUUACAGUAAUGUUUUGAUUGUGUGUGUGCCUUAUUAGUUAUGAGAUACAUUUGCAUCAAACCUUGAAUUCAGAACUUUCUUUGUUGUGUGCUUAUAAUAUCCUGUACUUCAAAACAAUCAAACUGUGGAAUGUUGCGAGAUUUCUGAGAUGUAUGCAGGGAGGGCAGGCCUACAGUCUGGAUAGAGGCAACAGGAGGCCUAAGAAAAAAAAAAUUGAAGUUUGUUUGUGUUCUCUAUGAAAAAAGACUAUAAUAUUAUAUUAUGGCUACGAUGGCAAUUAACACAUUAUGAAAUGGUAAAAGUCAACUCUUUCCUUGGGAACACCAUGCCAUAAUGGGCACCCAGCUGAUGGUUAUGCUGGAGAGGAGCUACAUGUAAAUCCCUGCAUACGAUUGACUGCGAUCAAUUACUGCAGUGGACUCUCGUGGUCAUAAUAAAAUUAAGGGAGUUGACUGUAUAUUUCGGAUAUGGAACUCUGACUCAUUAGUUAUAGUUGUCAUUAGCAAAGGUGCCCCACAAGGUAUUUUCAUCAAAUUAACUUGUCUUGAACACAAUUUUUAUUAUGUGGAUUUAUGCAUGUGAGGUAAUGUGUACAAAUUAAUCCAUGGACUGAAUUUUAUGAUUUUCGAAUUUGGUCAGUGUGUAAAAAUAUUAGUAUAGGUAAUAGCAUGAUUUGUAGUGAUAUUGGCAUAAAUACCACUAGUGAUAUUUUGAAAUUGUUAUAGGUAAUGGCUCGUGAAAUUUGAGACAAUUUUGAAAUAUCACGAGUGGUAUUUAUGCCAAAUAUCAUGUACAAAUCAUGCUGUUAUUUGUUUAUACUACUACCUACAUAAGGUUUGUAAUUUUCACAUGUAGGUAUUUCAAAUUAAGCUGAAAUACUACUGCUCUAAGCCAAUCAAAUUGCAGAAAUUUCUCCUGUAGUAUUAUAACGGGUUGAAUAAGUUUUGCCAUUUCAGUUCUGUGAGGUUUAGAAAACAUAAUAAUUGCUUCAUUCCACAGUUUUUCAGUGUGUUUUGUAGUAUUGACAAAGGUAAAUGAAUAACACCCCAUUAAUUUUAAGUUAGUUUAUCGAGAAGGAAAAGGAAUCACAAUGUUAACAAGUGUGUUACUCACCUUUUAAGCAAUACCAAAAAAAGGCUAUUGGUCUUGAAAAUUAUUUAUUUCACUCUCUCUCCACUAUGGAAAAGUCAAAGGUAAAUAGAAAUACAUUUAACCUCUGACAACUUAUCCUGGCUGCUUGAAUUCAUGGUUUGGAAUUAUGACUAAAUUCCAAAUAAACUGUAGCUCAUGAUCAUUAGGCUGACAGAGAUAUAAAGGUAAAAUUGAAAAUAUUUAAUAAUAGGAACGUUGCCUUAA